UGAUAGUACAUGCCCUGUAAGCUUCUGCGCCGUCUCUCCGAAUGAUAUCAACUUACAGCAUUCAACCACACCCCAUGCAACAUCGCCUGAAUGAACACAAACUCUGCCGGAUUACUUCCCGCCGGUCUCUCAUUGCGAUCUUGUUGCCGGUUCACAGGUCUGUAAGGCGGAACUCGGCGGUGGUUGGUGGGCCAGUUUGGGGGGUUGGUUUGAGUGGCGGGAGGGUUCGGGGAUGGGACUGAGGGGGCUUCGGAGCCGCUGUGGUGGAGGGCGUAGUCGGAUAAGAUUGAAGAUGGGGGUGUUGUUGAAGUUGAGGUUGAGGUGGUAGUGGUAGUAGACAUCUUUGUGGUGGUUGGUGGUGCUAGUUAGGGCUUGCUAUGUUCAGCGCGGGAGGGCAGGAUUUGGAAACUAGACAGGUAGUGAACCCAGAUGAGGGGAGGGGAGUGAUGAAGGCCUUGGGGACAGAGAACCACAACUACUACCUAGAUCAUAUUCCGGGGUAUUGAUCGGACCCAUGUCUCCAUGUAAGCUCCUGACCCCAAUCGGGACCACUUGUUCCUGUCUCCUCCACAUCCCGACGGCUCUCGUAUGAUGCCAAUGCUAUCUCCGCACGCCGGCCAUGUCCACAUACUCUUACCAGGCUGGGUCUCGACUGCCAGCUCUUUUUAAUACUAUGCACCAAGCCAUCAGUCGAUGUAGUCAUACCCCGACCUUCACAAAUCGACAAAAAUGGUAACCACACAUCCCUUUCCGCGGCUCCUUGCCGCCUCCAUCGACGGCCGUUGCCACAACACGCGAUACCGACAAACGCAAUUCCAGCGCCUACAAUCAGCUCUCGUGCAACAUGUAGAGGAGCUCAAGAAAUCUAUUUGGUCGGACUCUGGGCAUACCGCUGAGGAAGUUUCUGCGGAGAUUUGUCUCGCGCUGCAGGAACUCCGGACUCAUUAUCUUUCUCUCGAUCUAGAUCGGGACUUGGAGGUUGAGUAUCGCAUUGCGAAUGGGAAGGACAAUCUGGAAGGGAAGCGUGGCGUAGGAAUUGUCUACAUUGUGCCGAGCACGCAUACGCUGUUCUUCUCAGUGAUUUCGGCGCUGAGCGCUGCUGUGGCCGCGGGGAAUUGUGUUAUUGUGGAGUUGACACAAACCACCAUGACUCUGCCGACACUCCUACGCAAUAUCCUCACCACUGCUCUGGACGCAGAUACCUUUGGCAUUAGCGAAGAGCGACCAGACGCCUCCUUCCUGAAUCUCCCGCAGGUGCUGCCUAUUCUACAACCCGAAAUUUCGCAUACAUCGCAGUGUUUGUCCUCCAACCCAACAGCAAAGACCAUCGCUGUUGUCGAUCGCACGGCGAAUAUAUCCUACGCCGCGGAGCAGCUCGUCGCCGCGCGGUUCGCUUUCGGUGGCCGCUCACCAUACUCACCGGACUUGGUGCUCGUGAAUGAGUUCGCAAUGAAAGAUUUCAUUGAGGUAGUGAUCCAGCAGUCGGGACGGUAUCUGGCGCCGGAGAAGGCAGCCAAAAAUCCGAGAAUGACGAGGCCGAGCGGAACGUCGGUCUUGGAUCAGGCGUUCAAGGACAAAGGGGCUAGAGUGGUUGUUUCGGGGAGUGGAUGGGGCGUUGUGGAGGUUCUAGAUCGGCAAAGCGCUCUCUUGAAGAAGGUGAAUGGGAAAGUGCUGCAUGUUCAUUCUGUGACGAGUCUGGACGACGCAAUUGACUUCGGGAGCUCCAUGGCCCCGUUAGCAGCAACAUACGCUUUCGCUGCUCCAUCCUCGGCAAAAUAUCUAACUCAGUUCAUUGACGCCCACAUUUCCUGGAUUAAUCAUGUCCCUGCAGAUAUGCUGAUUGGCCCACAAAUACCCAUCAACACACCCUUCGCCUCUCAAACUCGAUACUCGACAAACCUACUGCAGACCCCGCGUCCACAGAUACUACACGAGACAAAUAACACGACCUUUGUGCGCGAUGCACUGAGUAGUUCAAAUUUGCAGAGCGCGAUGGUCUGGAAUGCGGCGUUGGCGCCUUUGCCUGGGACGGGGCAGAAGGCGGGCCGGAGAAUUGGGUUCUUCGAACAGGGCAUUAUCACCGGUGGCGUGAUUACGUUGUUUUCGGUUGUGGUGAGCUUGUCGACAUUGGGAUAUUAUGCGUUUGGGGUUGUUAGGAGGAUUCGUUGA